AUGUCUACCAAUAUCAACAACAACGAAACUCCACUUAUGGACGUCGACCCUCUUCCGCUCGAUAAAGGAAAGGGUAAAGAAGUUUUACAAAGUGAAACAACCUUAGUUGUCACUGUAGAACAAA